AUGAGCGUGACCAUGCCUGCCAACCUAAGUUUGGCAACCUGUAGCCCCUUGGUGCUGGCUUCCGCUGCGGUAGCGCAUGAGAAAUAUGGCGAGCUUGUUCGCGUUGGCCCGAACACGGUCUCCAUCCACAACCCGGAACUGAUUCCCACGAUAUACACUGCGAGAACAGGAUUUCCAAAGUCAGAUUUCUACCCCACACUCCAGGCCUACACUCCGAAUGGGGGCUCGUUGGAAGCCAUCUUCAACACCACCAGCGAUGAAAUCCACAAGAAGCUCAAAACGCCUAUCGCGCCCCUGUUUACGCUUGCCAAUGUCCCGUCCCUGGAGCCACGCGUCAACGAAGUCCUCGAAUGCAUACACGAGAAGCUGGAGCAGAAAUUCGUUGGCAACGAUCAAGUGUUUAAUCUAGGCGAUUGGCUCCAGUUCUUCGCAUUCGAUGUCAUGGGUACAUUGACGUUCUCAAAGCGUUAUGGUUUUCUGGACACCGGCAAGGAUGUUGGAGGCAUGCUGGCAAGCAUUGUAUUUUUCAUGCGAACCUCUGCACCGUUUACACAAAUGCCCAAGAUCGACUGGCUCCUCCGAAAGAACCGCGUAGGUGACGCCAUCCAACGAGCUUUGGGACUCCAAGCGUCCAUGAGUAUCAUGGGGUUUGUAGGAAAGGCCAUUACCGAGAAGAGGGCAGCUCUCGCCAACGAUGUUGAGAAGAGGGACGUGGCAACUGACAAAUAUGCUCGUGGAUCGGACUUUCUCACAAGAUACGUCGAGGUGUCACAGCAAGACCCUUCGCUUCCGCCAUCGGCCCCAGCUGCAUGGACGUUUUCCAAUGUCAUCGCUGGCUCCGACUCGGUGGGAAGUCUAAUGCGCACAACUAUGUACAGCUUGCUGGUUUACCCUCACACGCUGGAGAAGCUCUACAAAGAACUGAAGAAUGCCAAUGUUUCGAGGCCAUACCCAACAUGGACUGAGACACGGAACCUGCCGUACUUGGACGCCUGCGUCCUCGAGGGAAUCCGCAUGCACCCACCCUUUGCCCUUCCUUUCGAGCGCGUCGUACCAAAGGGCGGCAUCACAAUCGCGGGACAACAUCUACCUGAGGGGACUGACGUUGGUGGAAAUGCCUACGUCGUGAACCGAAACAAGGAUUGGUUCGGAGACGAUGCUGAAUUCUGGCGACCAGAGCGAUGGACUGAGAAGGAUGAGGCUCAUAAGAGAAAGUUGGAGGCUGGGAUUCUCACAUUCGGCGGUGGGCGUCGGAUCUGCAUUGGCAGAUAUGUAGGCAUCCUGGAAAUCAAGAAGAUCUUGGCUUUUCUCGUAGCCAACUAUGAUAUACAUGUCGUAGACCCCCAAAGGUUCGAGUAUGAAAACUCGUGGUUCUUAUUCCAAAAGGGUCUGUAUGCAAGGAUCGAGAAACGGCCAGAGGCGAUGUAG